AAGCGAGACAGGACAAGCGCCGCACGCGAACGGGAAAACAGUCAAAUUCAACCAUUUAAAAAUCCUCCCGUGAUCAAUCAAUCACCGCCGCGACACCCCGCCCUUCAAGUAAUCCCUCCAUGCACCGCCGCACGCCGAUCGGCCACCGCGACGCCGCGACCGCCAUGGAAGCUCUCAACUCCCUCACCGCCAUCGCGCCGCUCCUCCUCCGCAACCUCGUCACUUCCGCCUUCAUCUUCGCCGACAAGUCCUUCCUCAGCCUCGCCGAGAAGUACCGCCUCCUCGAGCUCCUCCGCUACCUCGUCCUCUCCUCCUUCCUCUUCUUCCUCAGCUUCCUCCCUUCCCUCUUCCCCUCCUCCGCUACCCCCGAAGCCCGCCGCCGCCGGCGGCCCCGCGCCGCGCCUCCCCACUCCGCCGCGUGCGACUCCGGCAUCGCCCGCGCGCUGUCGCAGCUCCUCGCCAUCGUCAACAACGUCCCCGUGAGCUCCCGCAAGUACGAGGCCGUCCGGUCCUUGGCCGAGAGGCUCAUCGAUGAGAACCAGCAGGAGGGGACCGAGGCCCUGCUCGAGGUCAAUCGGACGGUUCUGUCGGCAGCUUUCUCGAGGACUCUCAGCCAGCUCGAGGCUGCGAUGGUGGAGAGGAGCGGCAGCGCGGCUGCGGGGCCGAACCGGGUUCUGAGGGCGAUUCGGUCCGUUCAGGAUGUGGCUAGGCGUGGGCGGGCCUGGUGGUCGAGCGAAGAGCCGACCCGGUUGGGGAGCUCGGCUGAGAAGCUUGCGGCUGAGCUGGUUUGGUUGGCACAGAAAUUGGUGGCUUGCGGGUCCGCCGAGGAUGCGGUUUGUAGUUGGGCGUCGGCUAGUAAUUUGGCUUGGCUCGCUAUCUCGGCGGAGCCGCGUCUCCAAGGUUCCCUAGUCAAGGUUUCUGCAUUCUUAUUCAAACAAGCCAAGGACAUGGGGCUGGACGAAAUCGAUGAAAGCAAGAAGGAGCAACAGCGGCAGACAAGGAUGAAGAUGUUGAUGUCAUGGUUGCCACUGCUAUGCAGAGCAAGCAAUGGAACAGAUGCCCCCGUUCUAAGCCUCAGUGAAAGAGCUGAACUGGAGAGAGUGUUGGAGCAAACAAUCGAAAUGCUGGGACAGGAGGAGGAGCAGGAAGAAGUGCUCUCCCAGUGGCUUCACCACUUCAUGUAUUGCCCAUCAUCCGACUGGCCUAAUCUUCAUGCCUCCUACACACGCUGGUGCGCUGCUUCUCGCAAGCUGUUACUUCUUCAGUGAAUGUGUAGCUGAAUUAGUCUUCCAGAAGAAGAUUCUUCACUAGCUAGAAAGUACAAGGUUUGUAGGUAUUGAUACCGCAAUAGCAUUUUAAGGUAUUAUAUGAAGUUAUGUAAUCUAAGCUUUAAGAAUGGAAGAGAGCAAAUGCUUCUCGUUGUAGAUUGUGUACUGUAAUCUAGCAAAUAUAGCAGUUAAUAUUCUUUUAA